AUGGACGAAGAUUUAUUUGAAAGUUAUGUGAUGAUAGAUGGUCGUAAAUUUAUUAAUGGUCAUAGAGCAACUUAUCCAUUUCCAAGCGAUGAAAUAGAAGCUAAUCGUUUGAAUAAUAGGCAUUUUCGAAUAAGAUGGAUAUGGAAAGAGAAUUUUGCAGCGCCAAUUAAAGAAAAACUAAUUGCUGGUAAAAUGACAGCUCUCGACAUUGGAUGCGGCACAGGUGCAUGGAUAGUCGAUAUGGCAAAAGAAUACCAAAAAUCAUCUUUUGUUGGUGUGGAUUUGAUGAGUUUAUUCCCAAGCACAGAGCAAACACACGAAAAUGCUUUAUUUUUGCAAAUGAACGUGUUGGAUCGACUUCCAUUUGACGACGACUCUUUUGAUUUUGUUCAUCAACGUGAUUUGACGCACGCCUAUACAGAGACACAGUGGCAAAAUAUUGUGAUUCCUGAGAUUGCGCGAGUUACAAAGAGCGGUAUGUAUUGUGAGUUUUAUGAGGAAAGUGAUAAGUGGGAAGAUCAAGAUAAUGAUUUAUUAAUUUGGGUGAAUUUGGCAGUUUCUCAUAUAAUGGCCACUAGAGGCGUCAAUUCAUCAAUAGCCACACGAAUUGAGGCGUUUCUCAAGGAAAGUGGACAAUUCACCGAUAUUAACGUUCUCAUUGAACGAAUGCCCGUUGGUAGUUAUGCUGGUAGAAUUGCAGAACUGACACUUGAAAAUACUCUGAAUGAAUUAACCGGACUAAAACCGAUAUUGAAGGCUCCACUUGGCGAAAUAACGGAUCAAGAAUUCGAUAAUAUGAUCGAAGAGAUACGUAAAGAGUGUGAUGAGUAUAAGACAUGGAUAUAUGCAAGAAAGAUUUAG